AGUUGGCCUCCGUGGUCGUUGGCUCAAGCUGCAGUGUCGUCUUGUUCGGGAGGUCGUAGUCUUACGUCUCCCCCAUCUUCUACACGAAGCCGAUCGCGCGCCCGUGGUGGCUGUCUUCUUUUUUUGGGGCGGUUGACGAAUCAGCUCACGUCGCCAGGAAGCCAGACCUUCCAAGGUCUAAACAGGAUUCUUUCGUCGAGCUUGGCGUCUGGAGGUCUUUUUUCUCCAGGGGCGCCGCCGAUUUCUGUUUGUCUGCUCCCACGCCUGGCAUGGAGCCUGGUGUCGCGUGGCAUGGGCCAGGUAGCAGCCGUGGCAGCCUGCCGGGCCGAGGCUGGGCGACGCUUCGGAGCGCCACCGCCCUGUGCCCGGGCACCAGGCGAGAGACAGCCCAGAGGCCCAGCCUACUGGCUUUCGCGUCCAUGCCGCGGGCGUCAGCGCGGCAGCCUGCGCGGGCAGCUGGAGGCAGGCGGCGGUCUGCAGAGGGAGGGCGUCGGGUGGACGCGCUUCUGGGGAGGCCGUCCGAGCUGUGGCUCGCGCGGCUGGCGCUGGCCAGCGGUUUGGGUUUCAUCUGUGGAUGGUCGCACGUGGUCUCCCAGCAGCGAUUCAGCGCCUUCGUUGCCAUGCUCACUGGGAACACCAUCUAUCUGAGCAUUGCGGCCUGCGGCGGUAAGCUGGUCGCCGCCGCUGGCUAUUUGGCAAUCAUCGCCUCGCAUCUCGCAGGCACGGUGCUCUACCACUUGGCGCGUCGGCUCUGGCCCGCCGCCCCAGUUGCAGCUGCGCUGGGGCGCCCGAUGGCACUGCUGGCGGUGGCGGGGGAGCUGUCGUUUGCAGCGGUGGGAGCGCGCCCGUGGCAGGCGUGCCUCUACGCCCCUGCCUUUGGAGUCCAAGGCCAGCUUGCGGGCUCCCUGGGGGUCCAGACCACCAUGAUCACGGGCUGCCUGCACAAGCUGGCCGAGGCAGCCGCUGCCUGCUUGGCCGGCCAACUGACGCGAGGCCUGGCCGAGAGCGCGGUGCUCUCGGCAGCAGUUGUGGGCGCCACCGUGGCCGGCGUGGCUUCCUGCGUGUUGGUGACACGCAGGCUCGGGAGCACGCGCUGGUGCCUGCUGCCUGUGGCGCUGCUGCAGGCCUUGCUCCUGACGAUGCACGACCGCCUGCCCACUGCCCCUGACGAUGCACGAUGAGAGUCCGCCGUUGCCGCCCAUUCUUACGUUUUUCAAUGUGAGGCGCAUCCCACGAGGGCAGACCGCAGCGGGAAAUUAACCAGAGGGGGGACCAGUGCACGGCUGCGGGGCGGGCGGGACACGACGCGUUCGCCACGACCCCGCGAGUCCAAUGCCUUUUUCUCUUCACCGCCUCGCCACACCACCAGGGAGGAGGGUGCAUAGGCAAGGGAGCAUUGGACUGACGAUUUCGACAAGGGCCUCUGAGGGCCUCUGAGGGAGCAUUUGACUGACGAUCGCGAUCGCGACGGUGUUUCUCGUGAUGCUCGCGGCAGCGAUCACAGCCGUGCCUCGCGCUCUUUUGACCGUCGUAGGCUCGGGGAAAUGGGAAAGCG